CUCAAAUCCAUCACAUUUCUCUCUCUCUCUUACACACACAGACACACCCUCUUCAAACUCUAACGCUCUCUCUCCACCGGCAGAACUCCAGCCGCCCUCCUCCGCAGUGCGCUGUUGCCACCGCCACUCCGCAGCUUCUGCCGUCUCUCUCUCCUCUAUCUUUCUCGAAGGCAGAUCUGAGCGAUCUUGAUCUGUUAAAGAUAUCCUUGUCCAGAUUUGGUUGUCCUCGUCGCCUGUAAGUUCACCGAUGUCGUCGAAAUCAUCGUCGACAGUCUCCGGCUCCCGAUUCGGUCCUCUGCUCACAUUUACAAACAAACAGUCUCUAUCUCUCUCUGAGAUUCUGGAUUGAGGACUUGUUGCUGUUCUCGUACCCUUGUCUCUGCAACCAACUCCAAAAUUUUUUAAACUGUUGCUAAAAAUUGGGUGUUUGUUCCAAAUUUUUUUUAAAUUUUAAACUGUGGCUAAACUCCAUUCGGGUGUUUGUUCUCGGACCCUUGGCUAAAAUUUUUAAAAUUUUAAUAAUAUUUAAUAAAAAACUCGUUAAUUAUUACCUAUACCGCCAAAAUAAUGUUCUCCAAAAAUUUGGGACAAGCACCCGAAUUUUCGUAGGAAUGAAAAUUCCCUCUUAAUUUUUGUGACAAAUCCCCAGACCCUUUCUUCAGCCCUAACAUUUUGAGAAAGUAUUCUCUCUCCAAUUCUGUUCUAUUUCGGAGCCCUGAUUUAACUCUCUACCGUCAUCCAUCCCCAACCCAACUUAAACAACCUAUUCGAUCACGAGUCCAACCCCCUGCUACGACGACGAAACCCUAGAUGCAUUUGAUCUCGAUUGCAAACUGGCUACAUGUGUAUAUCCAUGAUCAAAAGAGUAAAAGGGAUCUAAAGGCUUCUGCACAUGCUUUUCAAGCUGAAGCGAAAGUAUUCCCUGACCCCAUUGCUAAAGGGAGUGAUAAUGACACUUCCAUCAACCACCAUUGCAGCCACUUAUUUGGUCAUCUCUUGCCUACUCAGAAGGGACAAAACCAGAUUUUCUUUCUUGGGUAUACAAUAUGGGGGAUUGGGGCAAGGUUGGUGGAUGCAAAAAGACUAUGAUCUUGAUCUACGUUCUUGUGGAAUCUCAAAACAAACAAAGUAGGAUAUGAAAAGUCUAGUUCAAAUACUACAGAGUCAUUCCUCUGUUGUGCUGGGACAUAAAGCUCAGAGCCCAAUCUAGUGCUAUAGAUGAGGAGUUCUUUACACAGGUUCAAGGACCUGAUCGACCUGGUCAUGUUCGAACAUAUGGAUUGGGUUCUCCUUCGACAAAUGUCUCUGGAGGUGGAUAUAAGGUAGUCACAAGAGCAGGCUCAUCUCAUCCAGACGCAAGUCCAAGAGCAACUUAACCAACAUAAAGUACAAACGGAGAUGCAAGUGAAGGAGAUGAUGGAUGCUAUGUUUAGUCAAAUGCAAAGCACAAUUUAAGCUCAAUAAGCACGAAUAGAGCAGUUAGAGUCUCAACAGGCCAUGGGUGGGCCUGUUGCACCAGCUAUUACACAUGUGUAUUUACAACAACAAUCUCAUGCAUACACCUCAUCGUUUAAUUGCCAUCAUUCAUCCGAGGAAGUGAGUAAAUAGUUAAUUAUGAAAUUUUCAAUAUGGCAUUUUAUUCAUGUUAUUUGUUCUUGUCAAAUGCACAUUCAAAUAUCAAAGGAGGAAGAAGAAGAAAAAGAAGAAGUAGAUAGGACAAACUCAAUGUCAGAGGGACUCUUUUUUGUAGUAACUUUGCUUAUCUGUCUACUUGUCUAUUUAUUUUCAGAUAUUCAUACUAAAAUCUUCUGUAUAAUUGCAUAAGGCUUAGUUGCUAGAAUUAUGGUUUAAAAGUAGCAUUGGUACU